AAAAGUUUUUUUUUCCUACCUCGGCAUGUUUAAAAAUCACCGUGUGUAUGUGCCAGCGUGUGUGUGUGUGUUUCUACUCCGUGUAUAAUGCCACCCCUUUCCCCCUUCAGCAUACCUCUGGUAGACCUCAGCCACUGUGGACUAAGAAGGGGGUAGGCACUGACACCAGCCUAUUCCGCUUUUUUUUUCUCCCCCAACUGAAGUUCGCUGUAAAACGCUAAUUCAAAAACUGCUAAAAAGCAGUUCGGCCGUAUGAAUUGUGCUCUAGUGUUUUCGCCUGAAAAGAAUUGGAUUAUUGGAGUGAAUUCUGUAGUAUCUUUUUAAAUAUCUUUUUUUUUCCUGUUUAUUCAGUGAUUUUUCCCCCUUCUAUUCUGGAGAGCAAACUUUCAGGACUGUUACUUGUUAGGAGCUUGGUAUUCACUGGAUUCUUCUCUAAAAGGUUACAAUUGGAUAUAAAUACAAAAAGGUCUGUGAGUGUGUUGGCACGGAUUACCUGGUCUAUUGGAAUAGUUCAUUUCUUGUUUUCAAAUUUUGUUUAGUUGCCAGUUAGUUCUUCUCUACAUACUAGAUAGUGUAUUAAACUCGAAAAUUGUUGUGCUGGCAGUGGACGGCCCCUGCUCCAACACAUGUUGUUAUUGUAUUUUAUUUGUUCCAUUCAUUGGAUUAAUCAGGCAGUUUGGAGGUGAUAGUUUUUUGAUCGCUUUGUUUUGUUGGAUAUUUGUGACACCUGGAUUAACCUUGUGACUUUCUCUAGGCGAUGCUGAUUCAUGACGCAUGUUAUUGUUCUGACGGUGCAUUUUCCUUAGGGAUCUCUAGUGCUGUCUGUGGAAUCUCCGUUUUUUUCAACUCAGUGACUACCAUCAUGAAUGUCGGAUCACGGGAGUGGCCAUAGGAGUGACCACUCUGUGGGCCUUUCUCCCAGCCACAAAGCUGGCUAGCUGCCGUAGGAAUGGUGGUGCCCGCCCUCCACUCCCGGUCUCCAGCUCCCUCAACAUUCAUACGUCGGCGUUACCCGGGUUCAGAUCUUGGAGCAUCCGGUUCGGGCUCGCUCUGCUUCGGCCCUCUGCAUGACCUUAAUACAGACACUCACCUGACAACGCCACUGACACCACUGAGUUCGGGGCGCCCUUGCCAGAGGUGGCUCGGCAAACUAUGUGUCGUCUGCGAGGCUCCUUUGGGCCCCUUAAGUUUCAUGUACACCUGGUGUCGCUCCUCUUAGUGCUAGUUACCCAGAGGACGGCGGGAUCUGGAGUCUUCCAACUGCAGCUCGAGAGUGUCAGAAACGUGAGGGGGGAGACGGCCCUGGGCACGUGCUGUGACGAGGGCGAGGUCACCCAUGACGGAUGCAGGGACUCUUGUGAGACCUACGUCCGGGUGUGCUUGAAGGAGUUCAUGGACCGAGUCACCACCGAUGGAUACUGCACCUUUGGGAACUACACCACGGAGGUGCUUGGAGGCAACGAGUUCAGGUACCCGCUGGAUAGCCCCAAGACUUUGAUCCAGCUUCCCUUCAACUUCUCUUGGCUGAGAGCAUAUACAUUGAUAGUUGAACUAUGGGACAAGGAUAAAGACGGACCUGAUGAUCUGAUUGAGAGGACAGUGCAUACAGGGUUAAUUCUCCCCGGCCAAGACUGGCACACCAUCAGCCACACCGGCAUCACCGCCAGCACCACCUUCCGGCUCCGCGUCCGGUGUACGGAGCAUUAUUACAACACUACCUGUACCAAACUCUGCAGACCACGUGAUGACAACUUUGGUCACUUUACUUGUGACACCCAAGGGGACAAGAUCUGCCUUCACGGAUGGAUGGGCAGGGAGUGUGACAUAGCAAUCUGUCGUCAAGGAUGUCACGCUAUUCAUGGCUCAUGUAACAAACCUGGAGAGUGCAACUGCGCCUAUGGCUGGCAGGGCCCACUCUGCGACCAAUGCAUCCCCUACCCAGGCUGUAAGUACGGCUCCUGUAAUGGCUCUCCAUGGCAGUGCAUCUGUCACCUGAAUUGGGGUGGAAUACUUUGUGAUAAAGAUUUGAAUUAUUGUGGCAGACAUCACCCAUGCAAGAACAACGGGUUGUGCAGGAACACCAACCCAGACACAUACGACUGUUCUUGUCCGGUGGGCUUUUCUGGGAAAAACUGUGAAGUAGCUGAACAUGCCUGUUAUUCUCAACCAUGCAAGAAUGGUGGCUCCUGCGUGGAUGUGGUCAGCGGCUUUGUGUGCAACUGUCCAGCAGGUUGGACAGGGGAAACAUGUGAUCUGGACAUAGACGAAUGUAUAUCUAGUCCAUGUAUGAAUGGUGGGACAUGUAUUGACAAGGACAACGGAUACAGGUGUGAGUGUCCAGAGGGUUGGCAGGGACCUCAUUGUCAGCUCGAUGCAGACGAGUGUCACGGUAGCCCAUGUGUCAAUGCCCUGGCUUGCAGAAACCUAAAGGGUGGUUAUGUCUGUGACUGUCAACCUGGCUGGACUGGGAAACGAUGCGAUGAGAAUAUUGAUGAUUGCCGUGGUGUUGUCUGUUCUAACCAAGCCAUGUGUAUUGAUUUAGUUGGAGGGUUUUACUGCGCUUGUCUGCCAGGAUUUACUGGCCGUUUUUGCCAAGAGGAGUUGGAUGAGUGUGCCAGCCAUCCUUGCCAGAAUGGUGCUAUUUGCCAUGAUAAAGUGGCAUCAUAUCAGUGUGAAUGUCCAAAUGGCUACACAGGACUUUACUGCCAGACGGAUGCAGAUCCUUGCAAUCCUAACCCAUGCAAACAUGAGUCCACAUGUUUCAACAUCCAGGGUGACUUCUACUGUCACUGUAACGAAGGCUGGGAAGGCAAAGAUUGCUCAGUGGCUAAACAUCAAUGUGAUUCUAACUCAUGUGAAGUCAUUGAUAGCUGCACUGUAUCCAUCCCAUCCAACAUUUCUGUUGGUGGAUUCCGACUCAUUUCAUCCGGUGUUUGUGGUAAACAUGGCGUGUGUAUCAGCCAACCUAAUGGAGCCUUCUCCUGUGCAUGUGUGCCUGGUUACAUGGGCACAUACUGCCAUCAAAAUAUUGAUGACUGUUCUAGCAAUCCUUGUCAAAACUCUGGCACAUGUAUUGAUGGUGUUAAUUCCUAUCAGUGUAUCUGUGCUGAUGGAUGGGAGGGAGCUUUAUGCAAUAUUAAUAAAAAUGAUUGUGAAAUGACUCCUUGUAGAAAUGGUGGUGAAUGUAUAGACAUGACAGCAGAGUUUCAGUGUAAAUGUUUGAGCAACUGGAAAGGAAAAACUUGUUCCAUUAGAGAAAGUCACUGUGAAGCCAUGACAUGUUUGAAUGGUGGGACAUGUGUUGAUCUUGGCGACACAUUUUCAUGUCGAUGCACAGAGAGGUGGAAAGGAACAUUCUGUCAGAUCCCAACUAAACGACCCUGUGAAUCUUCACCCUGUGAGAACCGUGGCACCUGUGUCAACAGUGGAGAUAGCUACACUUGUAUCUGUCGUGAUGGGUUUGAAGGGCCCACAUGCAGUAUCAACAUAAACAACUGUAACCCUUUUCCUUGCUACAAUGGUGGUACAUGCAUUGAUGGAGAAAACUGGUAUGUGUGCGACUGUGCAAGAGGAUUUUCUGGCCCUGAUUGUAGGAUAAACAUCAAUGAAUGUGCUUCCAAUCCCUGCACCUAUGGCAGCACCUGUAUAGAUGGUAUUGCAUCCUACAGGUGUAUCUGUCCUCCUGGCAGAACAGGGGCUUUGUGUGAAGCAGUUAUUGGUCAGUUACCAUCUCCAAAAUCAUGUGAACAUGGGCGUCGCAUUUUCUCAGAUGGAACAACUUGGGAACAUGAUUGUAAUGCUUGCCGGUGUGACAAUGGCGUUGUCAAAUGUACCAAGAUAUGGUGUGGACCAAAGAAUUGUUUGAGCCAUCCAAACGUGACUGCACCAGUGUUUCAGUGUGGACCUCAGGAAACUUGCAUUGUUCAAACUCACAUGACAUGUCUCACUCCUCCCUGCCUCCCUUUUGGUGAGUGUCGAGCUCUGGGGGCCAUGAAGGAGCUUCAUAAUCCAGGCUUGGAGUGGACAUGCAUUCCCAAUCAGGCUCACUUGGGCAGCAACUGUGCCAAGAUUAUACUCAUCUUUGACAAGUCCAAAAUGCCUUUGGGUAUUUCAGUGGAAAGUAUUUGUAACAGUUUGAGACAGCUUGUGAAGGAGGAGACACUCUAUGUCAUGUGUGCCAUCAAACCACAAGAGCAAGAUACAGUGGAGAUAACUCUGUCUGCCAAGCUUGAUGGUAAUGACCUGAAUGCCAAGAAUACUGUGAACCAAGCAUUGGACAGAAUGGCAGACCUAUUAUCUCACAAACAGGCCAACAGCAGUGCCCUUGCUGCUGUCAUAGAAAUUCGACUGGAGACAGCCAUAAGUCAGGAUGAUGGUCAAGAGCCUUCCUAUCUGGUGCCAGUCCUAUGUUCUGUCAUAGCAGUACUGGGAGUGGCUUGUGUUGGCAUUCUUAUCAUUUGGCAUCGCAGAGUGCAGAGAAGGCGAAGACAUCUCCGGGAUGAGUACCUGGCCAGCACGCAGACGGCAGCUAACAAUGAAAAUCAGGACAAUAUCAGACGUUACCGGAAUCCUAUUUUCUCCUCCAGUGACAAAAGGGGGAUCCCCAAAGCUGUCCCAACAGAAGAGCUGCAUGAUAUUGAUAUGGAAAAAUAUGACAAAAAUCCAAGACGUUUCCUUGCUCAAGAUGAAUCCUCCUCACCUGAUCUCAAUGACAUUCAGGAGUACAGACCCCAGCCAAAGAAGAACAACAAGAAAGACAUCAACAUUCAGUUGUCUCGAUCUCUCCUGGAUGAACCUGAAGUCAUAGUUUGAAAUAUUUCCUAGAGAAUUUUGUCCUGGAACUGGGUUUGCGUUUAAAGAAAAUUUAGAUCAACAAAAGAUCUAUUGCUUGUAAUUUUUAAAAAAAAGCUAAGCGAAGCUAGAACUGCCAGACCUACUAGAAGGCAGCAUCCUGUAGUUAUAUUGUUCACAAUUGCAGCACUUUGGCUUUGAACUCCAUGGAAGUUUUUAUGGUUGUGUGGUUGAAGCACUUAUCAUCCACUCGCUUUCUUUUAGUGUGGGUGAUGUCCAACUUACAGCUCAUUGAAAUUAAUCAUCCCCAAACUGAAAGCAAAAAGGGCAAACAUAACAAAUGUCACAUUAUUUAGUAUAACCCUUUUUUCUCUGGCCAUGGUUUUUGUUUUGUGUGUGUGUGCAGAUUUAGUGAUCUACUGUGCAAUGAUUAUUCAAAGACUCACCAUAGGGUUGAGUAUCUUGGCUAGAUUAAACAUAGUCACACUUUUAUCACUGGCUCGUAAGAUAGAGCGGUCGUGAAACUAGCUGACAGUAUUUUGUUUUAUUUUCAUGUACAUAUUGAGAUGUUUUCAAAGAUUAUUUGAUUUGGUGCCAAAUAAAGAUUCUAGUUUGUUUGUUUUUUAAUUAAUAGUCAAUUAAUACUGUCAUGUCUAUGGAUAUUAAUUUGAUGUUAAUUUACACUUUUCUUGUGUUCUCUCUUGUCAUUAGUAGCAAGAUGUUGAAUCUUCCAUUUCUUUUACCAUUUUUAGAUGCUGAAGAAACUGUGAAAUUAUAUGAGUUCUUGUCACUGGUGUCACUUUAUAAACUUCAUAGAAUUUCAUGCCGAUGUCAAUUAGUCAGAUAAAAGAUUUAAGAAAAUAAUUACAUUGGAAUUGUAUUAUAGAUUCACUCCUAAUUGUAUUGCUCACAAUUUUGUAUCUUCUUUUGUCAAGAAAAAAAAGUGACUAAAAUAUGUGUAAUAAUAGAACAAAGCUUUAUUCUUAGUGAUCUAGUUAUUUUUUCUUUUUUUUGUUUUCAGAAAAGAAAAAUUUUGUGCCAGUGUUAAAUUUAAAUACUUGCCAAAAAAUUAAGUUUUUAUUUUUAUGGUGCAUACAAUGUAUAAGUUUGAAGAUAUCUCCAUUGUUUGUUGUUAACUAACUCAUUUGGACUAUUGUCACGAACUCAUUGUGUCACUGCAAGUUCAGUGUAUUUUUUUUGUCUGUUUAAUUGAUUAGCUUUGUUGUGGAAGCUGUUGCUUUUUGAUUGUGUAAAAAGGAUUUCUAUUCCAUCUUUUACCAAAGUCAUGAAAGGAGCUCUUCUUUGUUUGAAGACAUACAUAUCAUUAGUCUCUGAAAAUGUGUACAGUUUGUUUCAGAUGUGUAAUCUAUUUUUUUUUAACUCAGAAAUACUUUAGUCUGCUAAUCACUUUACUAUAUAUAUUAGGUAUUUUAAGAGAAUUUUUUUUUACUUUUAAUUUAAGAAUAUAUAAUUAAUCAUUUUACUGACCAUACAACAUGUAUGUACUUUUGAAUCAUAGCCAGUAUGGGGACAAUAGCCCCCUUCCCCUCCAUGGAAAAAGAAAGUAUGUAGGUCUAUUGAUGUCAUGCUGGUUUCUAAAGGCUGCAAAUAUAUUUGUAAAAAUCCACCACAUCUUUUUAGCUCAUCACUGAUGGAGGCCUAAGUUUAACAAAUAUUAUUAUUAAUAUUGUGAUGUUAAUCACAUAUAUUUUGAUGGGUUGAAUCAGACAUUUGAAACUUUUUUUUUAGCUGGCAACUCUUCAUAGCAAAUAUAGAGAGUCUGUAUCAAGAGCUUAUCACACAUAAAAAAAUGUGCAUACAAUUCUAAGCUCUGAGUGCUUCUUAAUGUUUGUGUGUUGUUCCCCUGCCUUACAGUAUUCACUAUUCUUUAGAUCCAUUCAGCUCGGCAAAUUUUACUGGCAGCAAAAGGAGUUUUGAAACAAAAAUAAUACAAAUCACAUUGUCCAUUUAGGACAGGUUGAACUUAAUCUGAGCAUUCUUUUGCCCAUCUCAUGCUUUUAUGGUGGUGUGUGUCUGAGGAGUCAGCGCCUGAUGGGACUACAACAUAAUAUUGCAGCAUUGAAUGUUCGACUUGUUGAGAUAAACUGUACAUGCCAUAAGGUUCAGCUUUGUAUUUGGUCGCUACUCAAGCAUUGCACCUGGUGUGUUACUGGUUCAGUUGUAUAUAUUUUGAAACUAUUUAUUGACCAUUGGAAUAUCACUAGCAUUCAUUGGAGACUUUUAGGAAUUCAAUUCAUUGAUUUUUAAAUAUUUCUUUGUACAUCCUUUUUUUUAUUUGUGGCUUUCUAAAAGUAUUUGAUUUGAUGCAAUGAAUUUUAAAAACACUUUAAAAGUGAAUGUUUUUUUUGUUUGUUUUGUUGUUUUGAAUUACUACACUGGAUUAUAAAUAAUUUUUGUGGAAAAUGUGAAAAGAAUAAAACCAAAUGAUUUCUUUCUCAAACAUUUUUUGUUUUUAUAAAUAAAACUAUUUGGUAAUAUUUAUUUGGAGACAAAAAUUGUGUUUAUUAUUUGACUUGAAUGUGCUCUCUGUUAUACUGAUUAAGAGUCCUGCCAUAAAUUAGCCUUUGAAAAUACAUUGUAGUUUUGACUUUGCAAAUUUGUUCAAUGUUCACUAACUGUUUACCUUAUCAUUUCUUUCUCUAGUUGUCAUAAAUAGUCAUGUCUAAUGGCUGUUUCAUAUUGUCUAAUAGCUGUUUCUUUUUUGUCUAAUGGCUAUGUUUCUUAUUUUGUGUUUUCUGUCUUUAAUCCAUGACACUUUUUCUUCAAAGAUAAUUUUAUUAUUGUGUACAUUUGUUUCAAAAAGGCUGUUAGCAAUGUGAUUUAAUCUUCAUGUAUCGUGUCACUGUGGCAAACAAGAAGCCUCACUGUUGUCACGCCUUUUCAGCUCCUUUAAAAUAUUACAAUGGUGCAAAUUUUUUUAACACUGAAUUUAUUGAAUUCUUGAAAAAUAAAAAAAAAAAAAGGUAAGCUUGGCUAUAACUACUAUCAUUUUCUUAAAAAGAAAACAUGGCUCUAACUGUAUUAUCAUUUAUACAAGUGACUUUUGUCUUAUGGCAUCAGUCAGUCAUUUGAAAGUGUAUUGCUUUGAAGCAUUAUGAAAGAAAAGGGCUUUGCAUGUAAGCAUACAAAUACAGUAAAUUCUACAUGCUAACGACACGUCAUAACACUUGACUAUAUUUUUCUAAAAUAAAAAAGUGCACAACAAAUAAUAAAAGAAGCUGAAAAGUUCAUGUGUAAAAAAAACCCAUUGCUUUGUAGAUUGCAAAGUAUAAUAAUAAAAGUAAGAUAACUUUGGGUUCAAGUGUAAAAAAUGUUUUUUAUAAAUUUUGAGAUAUUGUAUUGUCAACAUGGUUUAAUUGUGCGUUGCUUGUCUUGUAAUAAUGUAUCCUAACUUGAUUUUAUUUUCUGGUAUGUUGUAAAUUAUCUUUUAAUCUAGAUACCAUAUGAAACAAAUGGCAAAAAGUAUAUAGUAUUUGUAUACAUUGGACAAUUUGUGUGUGUGUGCUCAUUUCCUUGACCUUGUCUAACAUUAGUUCUUAGUGUAGCUAACUACAAAACAAAAAGCAACGUUUGAUUUCUUGUACAGCAUUGAUCAGUGGUUACCAUAGUUUUGUGUCCUUUACACCAAAAUUUAAUUGAAAAAAAUACCCACCUAGGAGAAUACAACAAAAAAAAUGGCAGCAGGUGGAAAAAAAUUAACUCAACUUCAUUUUAUGUAAACAUACUCUUCAUUAAAAAAAAAAUUAUUUUAAUAUUAACUUAGGUGACUACUGUCUACUACUAGAAAUUGCAAAAAAAAAAAUACAGUGUAAAUUAUGGAAUUGUAUGUAAUGGGUUAUCACAUAAGAUCUUAAAAACAAAAAAAGUUUGUUGGUGGAACAUUUGCAAUUUGUAGAGUGCAUUGUACCAAGACUAUUUGUUAUAGAAGGCCUGAACACUGACCUGCAACGUCACAACAUGUGGGCAGUUUAUACCAAUAGCUUGUUGCCACAACACAGGUCUAAACUGCCCCCAGAUUGUGACAAUACAGGUCAGGGUUUAGACCUUCUAAAAACAAAUGGUCUGGAUUGUACUUUUCAAUGGAUCUGGACAAGUGUGUGUCUAGUUACUUUUGUUUGGUUUAUUGCUGUAGACACUCACUGUUGAUGGAUUUGAACUAUUUUGUUUGUAUAUGGACAUGAACUCAAUUCAUCUUCACUUCUAACCAACAACUGACCAAAUCAAAUGAUUGGAAAUUGUAGCUCUUCUAACAUUACUUUUUUUUGUAUUGUUUUUUGGAAUUUGUUUAAUCCCCUAUCAAACAAAUGUUUCAAAUUACAGUUUAAAAACUUACAAACAUGUAAAUGUUGUAGAUGAAAUAUUGUUAUCUUGUGAAAUACAAAUCAACAAACAAGCUUCAUAUAAACAUACACAUUAACAAAUGUAAACGAACAAACUUAUUUAAACACAUUUCAAAUGACCGAUGAAACAAAGAACUAACAUUUCCUUUAGAAGCAACAAGUUCCCCUCUUUGAAAAAAAUCUAGUCAUGUAAAUAGAAAUAUUUAAUGGCUCAAUUCAUUGUGUGCUUUAUCCAGUGGCUUUGUUGUUCCUUCUUCCUCUUAGUCUGAAGCUUAGUCUUUGCUCUUGAAAGUAUCUCUAAUUGUCAUGUUACUGCACUCAAAGCUUUCCUCUGAAAAUUGUUUUCCCCACUGUAGAGGAGUGUCACUAUCGGUAUGUUCAUCGCAUGGUUUAUAAUCUAGCUUUUCUUGUUUGCAAACAACUAUCAAGCAUACAGACAGUUGAACAGACACAUUGCAGUUGGAAUAGUCUAGUGCUGACAUUAGUUUAGAAGCUAUACAUUUUAUCUCUCUGUUGGCAGACUUGUUACAGGACUUGAUUUGUAAUCACAGUUCUGAUAAACACUAGCAAUUUAAAAAUGUAUUAAAUGUUAAUCUUUUUAAAUUGAAAAACUCACUUCCAGAAUACAUAAAGGUCUUACUAGAGCGGGAAAAGGGGGGGGGGGGGGUAUUUAAAAAAACAAUUUUAAGGGUUCGUAAAUAAGAGGACUAUUUCUUUUACAAACUGUUUUUGUCCUGAAGUUGAUAAGUUUGACAUCACUGGCUAGGUUUGUUUUACUUUGGUUAAGACAAGAAAUAUUUGCUAAAAUAAAGUUGUAGAUGACAUUAUUUAAAUGUAUUUGUCUUAGCAUAACAAAAAAUGUGCAGUUUUUAAAAUCCUGUUACAUUUACCUUCUAAGAGACAUGAAAUUAUUUCAAAAAACAAAUUUUGCCAAAGACUAGUUUUGCUCCUCUUUAAAAUAAACAAAACUUCUAGCCUAAUGCUGUAAUAGACUUUAAGGGCUUGUCUUCUUGUUUCCAAAUAGCCUUCUGUUUAUAUACUACUUUGUUUGUGAAGUCAGUUUGGAUCUAUUUUACAGGGAGAUAAUACAUCAUCAUUCAUUCACCAUUGUAAUUACUUCUCAUGAUAUACAUAAUUACAAAUAGAACAUAUGAAAUAAAUAUUGUACAAUUUUUCAA